GCAGACAUGAAGUCAUAUCUGUGGUAUGCCUUUGCCCUCUGCUUCCAAAUCGGGGUUUUAACAGGAAAAACCAAUGACUCAGACAAGCAUAAGAUGUUUUCAUUUUACAAUGGAGGUAUACAGAUUUCUUGCGAGUACCCUGAGACCACCCAACAGCUAAAAAUGCAGUUGUUCAAAGGGGAAGAAGUCCUCUGUGAGUUCACCAAGACCAAGGGAAAUGUUGGGUCCAGCAAGAAUCCCAAGUCCUGUCCAUAUCAGUUGUCCAACAACAGUGUCUCUUUUUUCCUAAACAACCUGGACAGCUCCCAGAGCAGCUAUUACUUCUGUAGCCUGUUGAUUUUUGACCCACCUCCUUUUCAAGAAAAUACUCUUCCUGGAGAAUAUUUGCAUAUAUACGAAUCAGAAUCACAGCUUUGCUGCCCGCUGAAGCUCUGGUUGCCCAUAGGAUGCUCAGUUUUUAUUGUGGUAUACAUUUUUGGGUGCAUAUUUAUCUUCUGGUUUGCAAAAAAGAAGUAUGGAUCCAGUGUGCAUGACCCCAAUAGUGAAUACAUGAUCAUGGCAGCAGUCAACACAAACAAAAAAUCUAGACUUGCAGGUGUGACACCUUAAUCUGGAGUACUCUGGCACCUAUGGAGGAACCACACUGACCAGUUCUCCUGAAAGUUGAACUGAGAAAUUCUAUUUUCUGGAUCACGGGGCAUCUGAUUUGAUGUGACUACAGGAAUCUCCUUUGAGUAUUUUGUUUGUCUGGAUCAGUGACUACUAGGCCCUCAGAAUUUCAACAGACUGCCUGGGAAUUUCUGAGUUCUUCUAAAGCAAACACCUUCUUAUAGAGGGUCCAGCUCAUGUGUACUCAACAAACAGACAUCACUUGGUUAGAAUCCCCCACUCUCUGCACCUGCUUCUAGCUACACACUGGCCAGUAAAACAAACACAUCUACAACAUGUUCACAAAAAUGCUACGGGUAUUAAUCUGUAAAGCACACAGGCAGUCAAUGGCCAGCAUCUGCCCUCAUUUUUCAGAUUACUUUUUCUUGCUGUAGGGAUCAGUAUUCUUUCUAGAACCGACAGUAGAGGGAGAUGCUUCAUAACAGUAGCUCUUGUGUUUCUGAGAUGUUGGUGUAUAUACUACAUUGAACUCAUAUAUUAGUACCAACACAACAUUCUCUUCCAACUUCUACACUCCAGUGAUCACUGCUUGAGGGGUAUAGAUGCCUUAUCUUGCCUUCAAUUUUCCCUUUAAAGAUACUUCCACAUGUCUACUUGGCAGGCUGCAGACUACAAUUUUUUACCUUCUCUUGCUCAAAAAAAAAAAAAAAAUGUGGAAGUAAUUCUCCCAUAGUCUCUCUGCCAAAGUAGUACUUUUCCUCUAACGACAUCUUAUUUUCUUAAAUUCAGUUAAAAUGUGUUGAUAUUAGUGGUAGGAAACGUUGUUCAGAAUCAAAAGCAAAUUAAUUUUGCCAUUGUGUUUUCUAUCCUUAUCUAUGUUUUCAUGGUGCUAUUAAUCACAAGUGUAGCUAUUUUUGUAGCUCAUAUUAAAGUUGCAAGCAAGCAAAACAACCCAUGGUUAAUGGGCAAACAUUCUCCUGGGGUAGAAUGGAUUAUCUAUUUAGCCUGAAAUCUACAGUUUCUGGAGGUGGCUUCCAGACUGCAGCCAUGCUUCUGAGUUUGAUAGACUGAAAUGGUUCCCAUGAGCUUGGAGUAGCACUCUAGACAGCGCUGGAAUAAUCCCAAGGUUGGGAGAAGCCACUGAGCCUUCGGUCUCUAAGAUCUGUGAAGAAGUGCAGAGGAGUCAAGAUAGAGUUCCCUUUCCUAGAAGCUGUGCAUCCUGGAAGUCAGCCCUGGCACUUUCAGAUAGUCUUCUUUAGAACACGGGUUAGCUGGGAAGGUUCAGAAGCUCAAGCAGCAUGUGAUCGCUCUGAGCCAGAGCAUUUCCUCCAAGUUCCUGUCUGCAUGCCUAAGGCUUCUGGAGCAGCCAAUGUGUAUGCAACAUUUGUUUUUAAACUUUAAGUAAAAUAAGGCUGCCUCAUAGUCUUACAUUGUAGUUGCCUAGUUACAGUUUACUUUAAAAGUGGGACCUGUUGUAUCAUUAUUUACCUAUUACAUUAAGCAUGUGUAAUGCUGGCUGUGUACAGUACAGUACUGAACUUGUAAUUUGAAUCAAGUAUAGUGUUUUCUCUUUUCAGCAGACUUGGGUAGUCUGGCUGGCAUUCCCCAAAUUGGGUGUAGCUUUCUGGGUAGGAGUAAGGGUGUGGAGGCUAGCCUGCAGGAUCACCAUCCCAACACUGAACAGUUAACAAUGAAUUAUUGAAGAACAGAAUUUCUGUGAAAUAGGAACUGGCUUUAAAGGAGCCACUUGUUAAACGAUAGCAAUGAUAAGAGGUAAAGAAUAAACAUUUGUAUCCAGAAAUGGAGUAUAGCCUCACUGUGUUUUCUGGGGGUGGAGAAGUGACCUUAGUGAUGACCACACACACACACAUUAACCUUUGCUCUCCAGUGAUCUUGUGUGCUGUAUUAGAUAGUUGCUUUCUUCAUUUUGCUCUCUCUAUUUUUAAACUUUGAGAUAUCUAAAAGUUACAAAAGAGCAGACACGCAGAGGAAAAAGUGUGUUCUGUUUCUGUGUUAGUUUCUGCAUUGACCUCCUAGCCCCAUGGGAUGGUGCUUAUUUCCUACAGGCAAGAAGGGUGGGCCUGAUGACUCUCCACCCAUAUUGGAAGAUUGCCAUCUAAUUUUUGGUCUGCAUUCAAGAUCUGCCCAUUGUGUCUAGGAUGUAUGUAGGAGCUGGAGGUUCUCUGGGGACUUUCCUUUGUGUGUAGUUGCUCUGUCUCUGCAGUAGUCUUCGUUCUGAACAGUCUCCAGAAACUUUGGCUCUUUUGCAGGCCAUAAAGCCAUUAUUUUGUAGAAUGUUCCUUAUUUGGGUCUCUCUGAUGAUUCUUCAUGAAUAAAAUGAGGUUAUUCAUCUUUAUCAGAAAUAACACAGAAGUAGCAUUAUGUUCUUUCAAUUAUGCCCUCAAAAGGCACCUCACAGCUUUGGCUUGCUAUGUUAUUGCUAACAUUCAUUCUCAUCACUUGACUAAGGUCCUGUCUGUCAAGCUUCUCCAUUGUAAAGUGAUUCUGCCCUCCACAGUUAAUAAACACACUUUGUAAGAAAGUAUUUUGAAAUCCUCUGUUCCUUAUCAUAAUUUCAUUUGUAGUUUCAUGGUGUGGCAGUUUCUCAUUUUAUUCAAUGGGUAAAAAUAAAUGUUACUAUUAUUACUA